AGAAAAUCAUCACAAAGUGCCCGAGAAAUAUCAAGAAAUCGAGAAAUAACACAACAUAUGAAGAGUCCAAUACCUAAAUUUAUAAUAGAUGAAUCAAUUAUUUACAAAAAAACAUUACAUCAGUCUUUUUUCUGUGAUGUUAAAUAUUAUACCAACAACGGUAAUUAUGAAUCAAUCACAAAUGAUAAAGAUGAUGAAUAUACAGUUGAAUUAAGAUUAACCGAUACCUAUCAGAUUUGUUUAAUUGCUAUAUUAGAAAAAAAUGACGAGAUUUUAUUGCAAAAAUUCAUUAAUUCAAAAAACAGUUCAAUCAAGAAGGAAUCACUAUUUAGGGUUAAUAUUCGCAUUAUAAGAGAUAUUGAUGAAUGUGCAGAAAUUUUUAGAAUAUCUUUAUCAACUCCUCACGAGACUGAAAGAUUU